CCAAAUGUUUUUCCCCAACAGCGAGCGCUAGGCAGCAGCCGCCUGCUGCUGCGUGAAAAUUUUCAUUGGGCCCCAUAAAAACGCAAAAAAAAAACGAAGUUCGCGAGUGACAAAAGAGUUUUUCCUAAAUGAAAAUGAAAAGUAAAGUGACAAAAGUGCAAUACAAAACUCGCAGGACCUCUCGCAGAAGGGGAAGUGUGGAAAAGGGUCCGCAGUGAAAAGUAAAAGUGUAAGAGGAGCUUAUCGAUGAGGGGAAAAAGCAACCCAUCAAACAUACAUACACGCGGACACAUGCAUGCACACAUGUGUAUGUACACGUACGAGCAUGCAGAUAUGCAAAUGAGAGUAAUCGAAACGUUGAAUGAAAAUGAAAUUCGCAUAAAAAACUGCUAAGCGGACUGUAAAGUGCAUAAACGAAGGCCCUCUAAUUGGUUAAUAAAUCAAAUCAACUGCAUUUGGGCGCGAAUACUAACACAAUCACACCCAUUAUACUACACUCGCACAUAAAGCACUUUAGAGCGAGAGUCGUCAUAGGGGCAGCCACAGCAUGCCGUACGAGUCGAUGCACCACCAUCAGUCGGCGGCCGCUGCCGUGGCCGCUGGCACCGCUCCCAACGGAAUGCUGGACUCCCUCAGCCUCCAGCUGCGGGACUCGGAAAUGCGACGCACAGAGAUUGAACGGGCGCAUCAGGAAACCCUGGCACAAAUUCGCAAUCUAAGCGGAAGCGCUCGUCCCGAUGCCGAGGCGGUUGAGAACCUACAGUCGAGAGCCCGUGAACUGGAAAAGAAGGUUUCGCUGGAGAACGUGCACUGCGAGGAGCUGCAAAUCGAGCUGACGGCCGCCUUGAAGGCCAAGGCCGCGCGUUCGGGCCAAUCCUCCCACAUGGGCAGUGGCGCUACGGGGUCCGGCGGUGGACCCAUUCCAACAUCGGCUAGCAGUUCCACCGUCACAUGGGCACCGACAAUCAGUCACCAGGACCAAGGCUCGGAGAUUGAUAUCAUAAUGGCAAAGAUAGAGCAGGAUAAUCGUGUGCUGGCCGAGCUGGAACAGCCUCGCACCUCGGCCAGCGCCAGCAUGUCAGCAUUGCCGCCCAGUUCCAUGUUGAGCACGGUAAAUAGCGAAUUUAGAACCAUAUCAAAGAGUGAACUCGAAGAAGAACUGAAUCGUUAUAAAAGGGCCGUAUUAGGCGGCACCUCGAGCGGCUGCGUCUCGGCUUUAUCCUCCGGCUAUUCGAGUCUGCCGCACUCCCUGGCCUCCACGCUGCCCAAUGGUGCCAGCACCAGUUUGAGCGGCGCCAGCGUUGGCUCGCAGAGCGUGGCCGCCGCCGUUGGAGCUGGAGCUGGGAGUAGUGGCCUCCAAUCCAUAUCGGCCCUGGUGCCCAACUCAAUCAGCGGCAUAUCCUCGAGUCUAAGCAGCCAUGCCAUACAAUCACUGAACGCGGCCGCCUACGGCGGCAUUGGCCAGACGUCCGUGGAGAAGCUGCUGAGCGGUACUAGUGGCAUCACUGGCAUCCCACCAUUGCCGGUAAAUAUUCACACGAUGAAGGCUAUGCCAACGGCAUUAAGUCAGCGCGGAACAAUACAACUGUACAAUUUACAGAGCACAACCAUGCCCCUCCUGUCACUCAACUCGCAUAACCUGCCGCCCGCUGGCUCGAGCAGCUACUCCGGUCUGGGGCUGGGUGGCAGCGGUGGCGCCGCCGGCUCCUCGCUGACGCAUCCCACCCUGGGCAACAUCAGCAUGCUCGAUACCAGCGCCCUGCUGGGCGCGGCCGGACUUGGUCUGGGCGCCGGGCCAAGCGGCAGUGGCAUCACGGGGGCCACAUCGCUGUAUGGCCUGAGUGCCGGAGCCGCCGGAGGAUUGGGCAGCUCGUAUGGUCCACCGUUUCUAGAUGUGGCCUCGAGCGCCUCGUAUCCGUUCACGUCGGCUGCCCUGCGUCAGGCCUCCAAGAUGAAGAUGCUGGAUGAGAUCGAGAUACCACUGACCCGGUACGGCAACCGGAGCUCACCCUGCUCGCCAAUACCGCCCAGCAAUUGGGGUCUGGACGAAUUCGCAGAUGGCCUGAACCUCUGCAUGAUGCACAAUCGGGGCGGCCUGGCGCUGGGUGCCCUGGAUCUCGACACUCGAAAUCAUGGUUUGAAUGGAGCUAGCGAACCGCAAGUGGAUAUGCUGGAUAUUCCUGGAAAGGGCCGCUGCUGCGUGUUCAUAGCCCGUUUUCCGUACGAUCCACCCGAGGAGGCUGAGGGCGAGCUGUCUCUCUGCACCGGCGACUAUCUUCUGGUGUGGACCAGCGGCGAGCCCCAGGGUGGCUAUCUGGAUGCGGAGCUACUGGAUGGACGACGCGGCCUAGUGCCCGCUUCGUUUGUACAGCGCCUAGUGGGCGACGAUCUGCUGGAAUUCCAUCAGGCGGUUCUAUCGACACUGCGCGAUGCCGAGGACGGCUCGAUGCAGUGCGACACAACGUCGCUGCCCUCCUUGCCGCCGCACAACCCAUUGCUCACACACACCCACGAGGACCUGGCACGUUUGAGUGAGACGCACACCGAUCUGGAGCACGACCAGGAUGACAUUAGCGAUAAUGUUCCAGCACCCAAACACUUGACGCUGGAACGGCAGCUGAAUAAGAGCGUGCUCAUUGGCUGGUCACCACCGGAGCCAGUGGGCUACAAUCUCAUCGAGAGCUAUCAUGUCUAUGUGGAUCGUGUGCUGAAGGUCUCUGUGAAGGCUAAUGAACGCACACGCGCACUAAUCGAGGGCGUUGACUCCACACGGCCGCAUCGCAUCAGCGUGCGGAGCGUGACCCAGAAUCGGCAGACGUCCCGGGACGCCGCCUGCACCAUGAUCAUCGGGCGAGACACAUCGCAUCUGGGCCCCUCGGCGGUGCGCGCCUCGCACAUAACGUGUUCCUCGGCGGUCAUCUCGUGGCAGCCGGCCAAUUCCAACCACCAGCACGUGGUGUGUGUGAACAAUGUGGAGGUGCGCACCGUCAAGCCGGGCAUGUAUAGGCACACCAUCACCGGUCUGGCGCCGAGCACCCAAUACCGGGUGACCGUGCGGGCCAAGCAUCUGCGAGCGGUCGGGCAGCAGACGCCCCAGACGCCGGGCAGGCCCGGACAGGAGGAGGCACCCGGUGCCUAUGCAGAUUUCCGCACCCUCACCAAGGGCCUGCCCGAUCCGCCGCAGGAGAUUCAGCUUGAGGCUGGCCCACAGGAUGGUACCAUUCUGGUGACAUGGCAGCCGGUCGCCAGGCCCACCGCGACUGGGCCUGUUACCGGCUAUGCUGUGUACGCCGAUGGUAAGAAGGUCACCGACAUCAAUUCGCCCACCGGCGACCAUGCCCUCAUCGACAUCGGCAAGCUGGGCGUCUUCAAUCCGCGGGCCGUGACCAUACGCACCAAGUCACGGGACUCCCAAUCGGCGGACAGUGCGCCCAUCUUGAUACCAAACACUGUGCGCAAUGCUGUUGCUCGCCGGGGACCAAAUCAGAUGGGCAUGGGUCCGCAGCUGCCGCAGGGGCCACACGGCAUGCAGCAGCAGAUGGGGGGCAUGCCCGGGCAGGUGGGACAGCAGCAGCAGCCGCUUAUGAUGGGCCAACAGGAUCCCCACGGUCAGUACGAUCCCAACCACAUGCAACAGCAGCAGCAGCAGCAACAGGGCAUGCAGCAGGGCAUGCAGCAGGGGAUGGGACAGCAGGGACAGCAGCCCGGUCAGCCGGGUCAUCAGCCCGACGGAGGCUCCGGCUUGUUAGGUGGCCUGCUCGGUGGCCUCUUCUCGAAACCCACACAGAGUCAAGUGAACCAGAAUGGAUACCAGCCGGGGGCAGCAGGAGCUCAGCGUGGCAUGGCGCCUUUGCCGGGCAGACCGCAGGGGCCACAGCAGCAGCAGCAGCAACAGCAGCUACAGCAGCAGCAGUACGGUCCCCAGGGCCCCAGAGGAGGGCCACGCUUUCGAGGACCAGUUCCCGGGCAAAUGAACAUGCAGGGUCAGCAAAUGCAAGGUCAGAUGCCUGGACAGAUGCAGGGUCAGAUGCAGGGUCAGAUGCCUGGACAGAUGCCUGGACAGAUGCCUGGACAGAUGCAGGGUCAGAUGCAAGGUCAGAUGCCGGGUCAGAUGCCGGGACAGAUGCCUGGACAGAUGCCUGGACAGAUGCCUGGACAGAUGCCCGGACAGAUGCCUGGACAGAUGCCUGGUCAGAUGCCUGGUCAGAUGCAAGGUCAGAUGUCUGGUCAGAUGCCCGGACAAAUGCCCGGACAGAUGCCAGGACAAAUGCCCAAUCAGAUGAUGGGUCCACGUGGUCCCCUCAACCAGCAGCAACAGCAACAGGGCCAGCACCAACCUGGCGGCCAGCAGCCGGGACAACAGCAGCAGCAACAGCCGAAGAAAACCCGCUACUUUGUUGCCAUGUUCGACUACGAUCCAUCGACCAUGAGUCCCAAUCCCGAUGGAUGCGACGAGGAACUGCCGUUCCAAGAGGGUGAUACGAUCAAGGUCUUUGGUGAUAAGGAUUCCGAUGGCUUCUACUGGGGCGAGCUGGCCGGUCGGCGAGGCUAUGUGCCGCACAACAUGGUCUCCGAGAUGGAGGACACAACGGCACCGAUGGCUGCAGGUGGUCAGAUGCCUGGCGCCAUGCAGGGCGCCGUUGGCGGCCAAGCCCAGGUGAUGCCAGGUCAGGUAGUGCCCCAACAGAGCAUGCGCAACGUGAGCCGCGAUCGUUGGGGCGACAUCUAUGCGAACAUGCCGGUGAAGCGGAUGAUUGCCCUCUACGACUACGAUCCUCAAGAGUUGAGUCCCAAUGUGGAUGCCGAGCAGGUGGAAUUGUGCUUUAAGACGGGCGAGAUCAUAUUGGUCUACGGUGAGAUGGAUGAAGAUGGUUUCUACAUGGGCGAACUGGACGGCGUACGAGGCCUGGUGCCGUCUAACUUCCUGGCCGACGCGCCCGACCAGUACAACAACCAGAUGGGUCCCAGCGGCUCGGCCGGCCGUGGUGGGCUCAGUCAGCGGGGCAGGGGCCAGGGACCCGGUGCGAGAGGACCACCGCCGCCGCCGCGGGAUAAUAUGAUGCCUGGCGCGGCCGGGCGUGGUCAACCAGGUAAAAAUGCUCGCCCUGCUUCCCCUACACUGUUAGACAACACGGGCCAUCCUGCCCCCGAUCACCAAACGCAGGGGAUGAUCGGCCGCGUUGGUAAUCAGCAGCAGCAGCAGCAGCCGUACGGUCAGCAACAGACGCAAAUGGGACAACAGCAACAGCAGCAGCAGCAACAACAACAGCAGCAGCAGCAGCAGACACAGCAACAGCAAAUGGGACAACCUGGAAUGAUGGGCAUGGGCCAGCAGCCGCAACAGCAGAUGGGGCAACAGCAGAUGGGCGGCAUGGGACAAAUGGGGCAAAUGGGCCAAAUGGGUAUGGGAGGACAACAGCAGCAGCAACAGCCGCCGGUGACGACGCAGGCGCAAACGGGUGGCCUGUUCUCCGGCGCGACUAGCCUGCUCUCUGGUGCUACUUCGGCUGCCACCGGUGGUCUAUUUGGGUCGAAGCAACCGCCCAAAACGGAUCCAAUGCAACCACCUGGCGGUGUGCAGCCAACGCAGCAACAAGCAAAUGCCUUUGGUGCACAGCCCGGGAUGCAACAGCAGGGCAUGCAACAGGGUAUGCAACAGGGCAUGCAACAGGGUAUGCAGCAACAGGGCAUGCAGCAACAGGGCAUGCAACAGCAGGGUAUGCAACAGCAGGGCAUGCAACAGCAGGGCAUGCAACAGCAGGGUAUGCAGCAACAGGGCAUGCAGCAGGGCAUGCAACAAGGCAUGCAACAGCCGCAACAGCAGCAGCAACAACAACAACAAGUGCCACCGCAAGCCCAGCCCCCGCCGCAGGGCGGCGGUCUGCUGGGCGGCCUCAAGGGCAUUGCAGCGGCGGCGCCCGGCGGCGAUGUCCUCUCGAAAGGCAAAGAUCUAUUUGGCAAAUUUGGGUUCGGCUUUGGCAAAUAACCCCGGUCAUUCCAUAGGGUCCUGUUAUAUUAUUCGUAGAUUAGACCUAUUAUUACUACUAUGAUUAUGAUUAUAAUUAUUGCUACUGAUUAUAAUUAUGAUUACUAAGCUAAUAUAAAACAAAAACCAACAAAAACGCUAAGAAUGAUAACAAAAACAUAAAAAUUAAAUAAAAUGAAACCCAAAUCCCCGGUCCACAGUGGGCUAAUGUGAAAGUUGUUGUUGUUGUUGAUAUGAUAAAACAAAAAAAAACAAAAACAAAUGAUAUGAUAAAAAACUGCAACUAAUAGUACUAAUGGUAAUAUUUUUUAUUAAUUAAAUUGAUAGAAAAAUAUUAUGAGUGACAGACAACAACAGCAGCAGCAUCCCAGGGCGGCCACAAAAGAAAAUCCGACAAAUGAAUUGUUGUAAAAUUAUUUAACAAAUACAGAAAGAAAAACAAAAAACAGAAUCAAAACCCAUUAUCCCAAAGACAUACAUAGAUAUCGAACACACACACACACAAUAUACUGAAUACAUAUAUACAGAAAAUACAGAACAAGAGAUGGGGAUGCGGAUGGGAAUGGGAAUGGUAUGGGAUGGGGAUGCGAGGGUGGAGAAAAAUACAUACAUAUAUAUAUUAUACAUAUACAUACAUUAUAUUUACAAUUAUUUGUUAACGCACAUUGUUAAAUUUGCUACUGUUGCUGACCAGUUUAUAAAUAUUAAAAAGAAAAAC